AUGGAAGGCCAUCUUCUAAACUUAAUAGCAAAAACUUUGGUUGAGUAUAUCAAACCUCUAGAAGAUGCUAAUCAAGGUGAAACAAAAUUUUCAGACCCAUCAAGCCAAACACCAGAGAUUGAGUUGUUGGAUCAAGCCUUGGAAGCCCUUUGCAAAAACAUCAAGGACUCAACUCAAAAGUUGCAACCUGUUGGUGUUAGUCAAAGCACAGAAGCUAAUGUCUCAUCAAGCCAAGCAUCCCAAACAGUGCAAUACCCCAUAGUGUCUCUAGGUGAACACAAGAAUGAAGUGGUGGAUUUAGUGUUGAAAAGAAUUAAGGUUAGUUAUGAUAUCCUUGAUCUUCAUUCAAGACUUUGCUUGUUGUCUCUCUCAAUUUUUCCUGAAAAUGUUGUCAUAAAGAAAAGGCAUACAAUUUAUUGGUGGAUUGGUGAUGGUUUUGUCAAAAAUACAAAAGAGAAAAUGGCAGAGGAAAAAGGUGAGGAAAUUUUUGAUGAGCUUCUGAAUAGUUAUUUGAUUGUACCACAUGAUAAUGGCAAGUGUCCCAUUGUGAAUAAAUUUAAAAUUAAUCCUUGGAUCCGUCACAUGUUGGUGUCAUUAGUUCCAAGAGAAAUUAAUAACCAGCUUUUUUAUUCACAAAUUGGCUCUUCUCAUCAAUAUCUACCCAGCCAUACUUGUUUAGUACUAGACCAACAAAAAGUUAAAAUAAGUGAUGAGUUUGGUUUGGAAUAUGACAAUUGGAGAACUGUAUUUAAUGUUGGUGCGAGUUAUCUUAAUUUUGGUCCUCAAUGGAUGACUAAAAUGAAGAAGUUGGUGGUGCUUCAACUUGGACGUUGGCAAGCGUCACCUUCACAUCACAUUGAAGUGGAGAAUGUAGAAUUUCUAAAAGGCUUGAAGGAUCAAAAGAAUUUGAAGUAUCUUAGCCUUCGUGGUAUAUCAAGAAUAUCCGAAUUGCCCCCUUCCAUUGGUCAACUUGUUGGCCUAGAAAUUCUUGAUCUUAAGGCUUGUCACAAUUUGGAAACACUACCUAAUGAAAUUGCAUUGUUGAGAACGCUAACACAUUUGGAUGUGUCCCAAUGUUACUUGUUGGAGAGCAUGCCAAAGGGGAUCGAGAAGCUCAAUGAGCUCCAAGUAUUGAAGGGAUUUGUAAUAGGAAGUUCCACCAAGACUCCUUGUAGAAUAUCAGAUCUUGCAAAAUUGAAAAAUUUAAAACGAUUGAGUAUACAUAUAGGAAGUGAGGCUGUGAUCCAAGAGGGAGAUUUUGAGAGCUUAAAAGAUUUCAUAACAGUUAAGCGUCUCAAAAUAUCAUGGGGUGUAAACAAAGAUAUUCAUAUCUCUCUCCCUUCAGGUUUGGAAAAGUUGGAUCUUGAAGGCUAUCCUUCAGAGACAAUUCCAGAAUGGUUGAAGCCUAGCAAGCUACCCAGUGGAUUGAAGAAGCUGUAUAUAAAGGGUGGGAAGCUCAACGUUACAGAUCAUGGAGAAAAAGGUCGAGCUAGUGGUGUGAAGAUUGUGCGUAUCAAGUACCAAAAUCAUCUACAUAUGACCUCCCCUAAUUUGAAAGAGUUGUUUCCUUCACUGGAAUAUGCAGAAUGGAACCAUUUUCAAUGGACCUUUGAAGAGAAAGGAAAGACUACCACUUCCAAGUCAUAA